AAAAUUCAAAAUACAAUAUGUAAGAAUUUUCCUCAAUACACAAUUUGUUAUUCAUCUCUCAGGUAUACAAGUAUACCUGCAUACAAAGUGUUUUCUCACAUAAAUAAGGAAUGUCACCUUCGGGCUGUGACGAUAGCUUUUUAAUGGCGGGAAAGCCAUGGUCGACCAAUCAGCACUCUUUCCGAACUUUAAAUAUGUAUGAUGGAAAUUAGACACAAUAAGUAGAAUAGAAAGCGCUUCUUUUCGUCGUCCAUAACUUUUGUGUAUCCAUUUCAAUCAAACUGAAAUAUUUUUGUACUUGUAUUCCUCCGCGUUGUAGUUGCACACCUGGUUCGCAGGUAGACAUUCAUUUGUGGGCCUUGUCCUAUCUACGGACGACUGGCUGGUAUUGACAGAUCAACCGUAGUAAUUAAGAAGAGAGGAUCUGAAGGGGUUUUAGCGGUUGGUCAGUCUUCCAUACAGUUCAAAACAACUGAUACCGUAUCGAAAAACAGCUGAAGCAAGUCCCAAUGGAAGUGGAAACCAAUCGGGAGCCCUCUCCAGAGAGCGUAACAGAAGAAGAACAACAGACCGUUACAGUGACAACAGAAAUACAAAAUGUCAAUGUAAACGAACAAGAAAUUUUACAUCCAACAGAGGCAGAAAUUAUACAAGUUGCAACAACAGACAUAUUACAACAGGCGGCAACAACUAUCCUAUCCCAAGUCAACAACAAUUAUAUUACGGUUCCCAUUGGCAUUAGCAACAACAACAAUAAUGAGGAACACGACAAAGUGAAAUCAGUGAAAGAAUUCGGUGAAGAUAGCGUUUUUGGUCAUGGUGGAGUAAACCAACUUGGAGGAGUAUUUGUCAAUGGAAGACCAUUGCCUGAUGUUGUGCGACAACGAAUUGUUGAACUUGCUCAUCAAGGAGUACGGCCCUGUGAUAUAUCUCGACAGCUCAGGGUCUCCCACGGAUGUGUCAGUAAAAUUCUUGGCAGAUAUUAUGAAACUGGUUCUAUUAAACCAGGCGUGAUAGGAGGUUCAAAACCAAAAGUAGCAACACCCAAAGUAGUGGAUGCAAUAACUCGUUAUAAACAUGAAAACCCUACCAUGUUUGCUUGGGAAAUCAGGGACCGACUGCUGUCUGAAGGAGUCUGUACAUCAGAAAAUGUCCCAAGUGUUAGCUCAAUCAAUAGGAUUGUUCGAAAUCGUGCUGCUGAUAGUAAUCGAUCUAUAGACCAAAAGAGUCCACCGUUACCAAAUGAAGCACAUAGCCCAUCGAUGCCACAUUCAAAUUCUCCGAACGGAGAUGCGAUGCAAAGAGCAGGAACAUACUCAAUAACAGGAAUACUUGGAAUUCCACAUCAACCACCUCAGAACAUGUCAGACCCAAAUGCCAUCAAAAGGAAAAGAGAAGAACAGCAAGUCAAUGGACAACAUGAAAUAAAAACAGAACCACCUACUGAUAAUAACCUUGAUAUGUGGUAUGCAACAGCCCGUCCUCCAUUAAAAAUUGCAAGACCAGAAAAUGGCAACUUGGAUGCACCUCAAAUUCUGAUGAAUGCAGCAGGAGCACAAUUAUUUAACACAGCCGUCACAAUUCACCCUCCUUCAUACAACGUCAACGCUCAAUUCAUUACUACGACCACUGCUGGUGGAGAGAUGAAAUUGUCAGAAUAUAGCAUGCCUUCACCUGCCACUUCAAACGUUACACAAUCAGAGUCACAAAUUCAAGGUCAACCUGCAAACUACGUUACAUCAUUAGGGCCAACCAUGUCCGAAAGUUCAUCACUUGACAUGAAACCCAUUGUGAUCACUGUUAGGUCAGAUAGCAAUGUUCAGGCGGCUCAAACAACAUCAAUUGAAUACGAAGCGAACAACAAUAACAAUAGUAACAACACUACACCUCCCCCUAAGCCUGGUACACCUUCAAGCAAUGAGGGAAACAACCUGACUGAACUCAAACCCGUUCAACCCACACCCCAGUCUUAUACGCCGUUGCCAUCGUUUACCGGACAGUUUUCAAGUCAGGCCAGCAGUAUAGGCAGUAACCCUCCAUCUUAUCCCGGUUUGCCCAUCCUUGGAACAGUUGCAUCACAAGUCGUUUUACAAGGACAUAACCAAUCAGCUAUUAACGUGCCGUCUGGGAACCCAGAAUAUUAUAAUACAGUAGCUUACUCCCAGUACAAUCCCACACCUUACACAGAUCCCCAGUGGAGAGCCUAUCCCACAGGUAUCAUCAACGCAUCAUACUAUUACCCACCUGCAGGAGGAGUUCCAGCAAGAACUGAAAACAAUAAUACAGCUGCAGCAAGCCCUUCAAAGUCAUAAAAAAUGUGGAAUCUAGUUUUUGACAUUAGAAUUUCAUGAUCUGCAUGUACUGCUGUACACCAAUUGACAGCAAUAGGAUUGAUAUAUUCGUUAAAGUGUUGACUUGGUGUAUAAUGUUCAUCAAUAAAAUAUUGAUAUUUAGUGUUACCAAUUGAUUUAACGAAUACGAAGGAAUUUCAUCAGUACAUAACAAAGUGGAUAACUUACCUCAUUAUUAGGAAGCCUGCUGAGUUGGACAGAUUUUUUUGUGAAUCUCAGAACAAUUAAAAACAUGACAAUUUGCAAUUUUAUGUAUUUAUUAUGUUUUUAAAAGACAAUGACUUUAUAUGGACAGAGUGUUGAAUUACAUAGAAAGGUUACAGCAUACAGAUUUACAAACACAUUAAAAACCUUGGAAGUAUACAGUGUACAGAUAACUGAUCUCUGUUUUAGAAACAUCAAAAGAUAUAUGAGAACUGAUUUCUUUAUUUUAAUUUAUCACAGAUAAUUGAUUUUGAACUGGAUUCUUAAUUUGAAAUUUUGAACUUUGAAUAGAGGAGGUAUGAUGAGAGGAAUAAUUUGACUCCUGAUAUGGACAAUAUAGUAAGAUUCUUCAAUCUUUUCAAAAUUUUAGCAACUUUAUGCAUAAAAGUGUAGUGUGAUUUAAACUGGACAUUUUGUUACAGAACAUUUGAAGGAUGUUAUUUGAAUGAUUUACAAUACAUUUUGAAUUUGGAAUUCAAGUGCAAAAAUAAAGACUUAUCAUACCUUCUCCUUGAAAAUAAUUCAUUGUGGUAAUUUAAAUGAUGAAUAAUGCUAACAAUUAAAUCAAUUUGAGAAUUUCUAGAAUGGUUACUUUUGGUUUUACAAAUUGUCUUUUAACCCUUAUUUUCAUAUUUAUCUACUACCAGGUUAAUAUUUGAUGUAAAAUGUAAAUUAGGACUGAGCUCAAUGAUGCAGUAUUAGAUGUUCAACACAAUGGUAGCCAUAGAUAUUCUAAGCAUAAUAUGUAUCGUAUACUCAUUUCUACAUUUGCAAUUUUGUUGUUUUUUUAUAAAUUUGUUUUGAAUAUAAAUGCAAUUUGUAUCAUGUAGAGCAACACAAUGAUAGUUUUAAAACAUUUGUUUCAUACUCAUUCUGGGGGAUAGUGAGACUUUCCAUAUCUAUGUGGAUGGACUUAUAACACAAAUGAUCUUCAAACAUAAACUUGAAAAGUAAUACUUGAACCCGUACCUCAAUGUACAUAAGCAGGGUAUAAAAUGUGUGAGAGUGUUUGAAAGUGUGCAUACAUUGUAUUAAAAUCAAAACCUGUGUGCAAUAGGAAUCAUUUUGUUAUGUAUAACCAUAAACAUAUCAGACUUUAUUUCCUGAAAAAAAUUAUUUUAGCCAGGAUUUUUUUAUGAAUUAUGAACUAAUUUCUAUUUUAAAAUAUUUUUACUCUAGUUUUUAAAUAAUCUCAAAUAAAAAAUUACAAAUUACUCAAUUUUGCAAUAGAAAUAAAUCUGUAUAAAACUAUAUUUAAUAAUUGUUUUGAUAUGCAGUUUGUUUGAGGGUAAAUGGUCUCAUAAUCAUAUGAAUUCAUUUGUGUCUUGCCAGUAUAUUUCAUUAACAUUGAGAAUCUCAUUUUUUCAUCACAAUGAUUUUUGUGGGUUAAAUUGCACAGUAAUAAAAAAUGCACAACUUUCAAACAAUCUUCAAAUAUUUUGUGAAAUUUGAUAUUUUAUAAUUUCUAGAAUGACUGAAUAAUGCAAAGAAAAUAAAACAUGUAUAGUUACAGGGCUGUUCUCUAAUAACCAGGGAAAAUGGAGGAAAAAAUAAUGACAGUUAAUUAAAUUAUAUUAUUGAAUUUCAUAUUCAAUGCCUGAGGUUUCUUCAUCUGAAUGCAAGUUUUCUUUCAGUUUAAAGGAAGUACCAAGUAAACUAUUUUUUAAAUAAAUGUGCUAUUUGUAUGUGAAUAACUACUAGAAAUCCUAUUUUUUGCACUUGUACAAUGUAUAUGCAGAAGUGCUAGAACUUUUUUAAAUGUAUAUAUUUUGGUCAGGGUAAAGUGUGACCUUUACCUAUAUCAGAUAUUAUAUUAUAAGAAUUUAUUGGUUCUCAAAUUCGCCUAUUAUAUUAACAUGAAGAGGAUAUAUAUAUGUGAACACCCAAUGGCGUAAAAGUUUACCAAUAAAGUUUGUUACAUUGAC